AUGGCAACUCCUCGCGAAAGCUCUAUGGCUCAGUGGGAGAGGCACAAACCGGCCAUCUGCAAGCUUUAUGUUGAUGAAGGUUUGACGUUGGCCCAAGUGAUGGAUCAGAUGGCUAGAAUUCAUGACUUCCAGGCAAGCGAAGCACAGUACAAGAGAAAGCUAGGAGCGUGGGGCUUCCGGAAGAAUGAAAAGGCCGAUUUCUGGAAAGACAUCAGUCUGACCUUGAAACGCAAGAAUCUGGACGCCGCUGAUGUGGACGUCUUGCUCCACGGAAAGCUUGUUCCGACGAAGAAACUGAAAAGGGCGAUAUCUCGAUAUGACCUGCCGACAUUGAAAUUGACUCCAGCCCUCCCGGCAUCUUCUCCCGGGGACAGCAUUGUCCCGACAAUCUGGAGAGCCCGGACUCCUGACGGGGUUAUUCUUCGCCCCAAAAUCCUACCACCACGGACUCUCAGGAUUGAACUGCCAUGGCAUAAACUGCGAGAUCAACUCGACCGAAUCAUACCAAACCUUUUUCCAAUAGAGAGGGAUCGGUCACCAUCACCUUUACCUUCCGCUAUCCUAGAUCUUACCGAAGAUGCAUUUGAGUGGGGGAUCAAUCAAGACUGCCUCUUGGGGCAAAGCCAUGGUCGCCUCGUCAAUGCACGUCAUGGUGACUUUGUCGGCGACAAAAUUGCCAGCGUACUCAACGUAUCGACGUUGGCAGCUCGGCAUGAAAGUCUAACUGUGGCAGUGGCUUUGAUGGCGCCGUAUGUCCCCGAGAAAUACGAGACAGAGACGCUGGAUUCCGUCAGUCAGCUGAUUGAUCCUGGCUCAUCAAAGAGGAUGCAGGUGCUAAUAUCAUUUAUGGCACUUCUGCUCGCCAACGACACAGUAUCAGGUAAAACACUCGACCCUUUCGUGAUUUUCCUCGACGAAGUGGCGGGAAAUCAAGCUUUCGACAUGCUACCUCUAAAGGAAGGAUCCAGCACCCAGGCGAUCAUAACGCAGCUUUUAUUCGCCGCUGUCCGGAUGGACGUGCCAAGCUUGAUUCAGAGUGCGGUAAAGAACAAAGUAAACAUCAAUCGCCAAUCCACGGGCCGGCUAUCAACAACUUUGAUUCUACAAGCUGUCCAGCUGGAAAGACUCCACGUCAUCCAACUGCUGAUUGACGCUGGGGCGAACCUACAACCACCUCAAGGAAGUGAAGAGUUCUACCAUGAAGUCGAGUGCCCCCUGUCUCGUAUAGGAAAUGGGAAAGCUGCAUCCGAGGUCUACGGAAUGCCUCGCUGCUAUUGCCCUUGCGAGUCUUCCUGGCUUUGGGGCCGUGCUGUAUGCAGUAUGGCUGCUUCCACAAGAAUCGCCAACGAAGUCCUUCCCUUACUGUUGCACUCAUCGGGCACGAUCGGACCUGGUCCAGUGACCACCCAGGCCAUAUCUUCCGGUGCUACUACGGACACAAUCGAAAAGGUGUUAGAGGCAGGCGGGUCAGUCGAUGAAUAUAAUAUACCUCGGAAAUACAGAGCCCAUUGGAGCUGGCCUGUGGAAAGCAGCGAUGAAUGUACACUGAAGUCGACACCACUGUAUGCUGCAGUGACUUCUGGUGAUGCUCCAUUGGUCGGUCUUCUCCUGAAGUAUGGAGCCGACCCCAAUGGUCCGAUGGCGAGGUACACAAAGGAAUUCCUCGCAGACUGGGGCGAAUACUUCUACAGGUCGCCGCUGGUCAUUGCCACGGAACACGAAAAUCUCGAAAUAGUGCAAUUGUUGCUUGAACAUGGCGCAGACCCAAAUCUGUGCCCCCUGGAAGUCCUCGAGAGAGCGGAAAAGGAGCAAUUUAUCCUCAAUUUUCGUAGUAGGGGCAAGGUUAACGUCGACUCCAGUCCACGGAUUUUUGCCCUUUACCCACUACAGGCUGCAGCAGGCCUGGCAGACACUGAUAUUGCAGAGGUUCUCCUGGAUCACGGUGCAAAUGUCAAUCCAGUUCAUGGUACUCCGCCAUUAGCUGUCGCAGCACGUCAUGUCCAUUCCAAAACCUUCGACCUUCUGUUAUCAAAGGGCGCAAUGAUAAAUCCAUCCCCCACGGAGCACUUCUCGCUGUCGCCUCUUGAGGGAGCUGUCAUUUCCGGAGACGAAGCUAUGGUUGAGCGACUGCUCAUCGCGGGCGCAGAUCCGAAUCGGUGCUCGGCCGGGCUAGGUUGGAGAACACCGUUGCAGCGAGCUGCUGAGAAUGGCUCUACUGCCAUAAUCGACAGCUUACUAAGAGCAGGUGCGGACCUUGAUCCUUCUCUUGAUCCUAAUCAUGCAAGAACGAUACUGUAUUGGUUUGUGAGGCACCGAAACCACGACCGCAUGACGCAGCUUCUCUGUAGCGGAGUGAGCCCGACUGGAGACUCCGUGAAUCAGAGGUCGCCAUUGACUGCAGCAAUCUUCGUUGAGGACCUGGAUAUGGUUUCUCUUUUGAUCAAAUGGGGCGCAGAUCCUAACGAUCCGUAUCCGAUGUGCGAAGAUCUCUACAGCAGUAGAGAACGGCCCAUUCGGUCCCCUAUCGCUGAGGUAUAUUACUUGGACAUGCUAGGUUCGCUGCCUCCUCUGCACUGGGCAGUCAACACAGGGCGACUGGAUGUUGUUGCUUGCCUCUGCAGCUCGGGGGCUGAUGUGAAUGGCACUAAUAUGCCUCCACAUGGUUCUCUACAUCGCAAGUAUUUGACUGCACUUCAUCUGGCAGUUAAUCACCGGUCCAAGGACAUCAUCGCGUACCUGUUGCUUCGAGGCGCAGAUAUCAACUCUCUCGCCUUCGUUAACUAUCGAGAAGUCAUCUCACCUCUGUGUAUCUCAGUUUCUAACUCGGACCAAGAAGUUACUGAGCUUCUGUUGCGGAACGGGGCGAAUCCGUACCUGCCCGACCCCAAGAACGAUAUGCCAGUCGAGCGUGGAAUUCUGCCUCUUGAAUCUGCCUGCAAAUGCGAAGACAACCAAAUGGUCCAAUUUCUUCUGUCCUCAGGUGUGGAUCCCCGCGUCGGCUGUCCGCUUACGUAUGCAUUCACCUUUGCUCUGGAAGAGUGUUAUCGUGUUUCCGAUGAAGCGGCAUAUCAGCGGUUCAGCAAACGAGUGACCAACACAAUGGAGCUCUUACUAUCUUACGGAGCAGACGUAAAUCAUCGGCGCAAGCGCACGCACACUCCGUUACAAGCUGCGAUUACUUAUGCUGGUAGCUUCAGGUCGUCGCUCCUGGGGGCGAAGGAGGCAGGGCUUCGCUGCGCUCGCAGAUUGAUUGAGCGCGGUGCUGAGAUUAAUGCUCCACCAUUAUCCUGGUGUUACGGUAGGACUGCGCUUCAAGCUGCCGUCGAGACUGGCGAUGUCGAAUUCGUACAAUUUCUGCUCAUGAAAGGAGCAAAGGUCAACGCCCCAGCCGCUCCAUUUGAUGGCGUUACCGCGCUGCAAGCCGCUGCCAUAAAGGGAUUUUUGCGAAUCGCCCAGAUCUUGUUGGAACAUGGGGCGGAUGUAGAUGCGGAUCCAAGUCCUGUAGAGGGACGGAGGGCCAUUGACGGCGCAGCUGAGAUGGGACGAAUCGACAUGGUGAAACUUCUCCUCGACAACUACAUCGGACCAAGGUCUAUUUCCGACGUGUGUGCUAGUGCAAUGGAAUACGCCAAAGAGAAUAACCAGUGGUACGUGAUGCAGUUGCUGGAGAAGUACGAGCCGCCGACACCAUGA